UCCCAACCAAACAUCACAACCCUUUCACAUCAUCACCAUCAUCACCCACAUCCUCACUAGUAGUAUCACCAUCAGGACGAUAUCGCCACCAUCAUGACACCCAAAGCCGCCAAGGGCACCAUCGCCAUCGAAGAAGCAGUGCUCAACCCAGCAGGCCUCUCCUGGCUCGCCGCGUCCGCGCCGCUCUUCAGCCCCGGUUCCGGGCCGGGCACCGACGCGGCCAAGUCCGGCCUGACCGAAGCGCUGCUCGACAUCCACCACGAGCGCCUCGCCCAGAUGGACGCCCACGGCGUCGAGUACAUGCUGCUCUCGCUGACCUCGCCGGGAGCGCAGGGAGAGCCAGACGCGGCGAAGGCGCGCGACCUCGCGCGCGAGGCGAACGACUGGCUCGCUGCGCAGGUGAAGCUGAAUCCGAAGAGGUUUGGCGCGUUUGCCGCUGUGAGCAUGCAUAAUGCCGCGGAUGCGAUUGCGGAGGCGACAAGGGCCGUGAGGGAGUUGGGCAUGUACGGCGUGAUGUUGAAUGAUUAUCAGGUUGUGGCGGAGGAGGGUGGUGAGGAUGGUGAGGGGAAGAAGUACUAUGAUGCGCCGGAAUUUAGGGCGUUUUGGAAGUGCAUCGAGGAGCUGGGCGUGCCGGUGUACCUGCAUCCGCGGUAUCCGCCCGCGAAGGAUCUGCUGCCGGGGACGAGGUAUGGGGACAGGAAGCAGAUCCUGGGCGCUGCGGUGCAGUUCCAUUUGGAUCUGAGCUUGCAUCUGUAUGCACUUUGCUCUAGCGGCGUGUUUGAUGAAUUUCCGGGCGUGCAGGUGGUGGUUGGGCAUUUGGGCGAAGGGAUCCCGUUCAACCUCUGGCGCGCCGACCACUGGUACAACAAGCCGGUAAAAAAGGCCACGAGACCCUCCAAAGAGGACUACAGCUACUACUUCACUCACAACAUCUCCAUCACCACCUCCGGGAACUUCAACACGCCCGCCCUGAAGUUCUGCAUCGACCAAAUCGGUGUCGAGCGCUGUCUCUACUCGAUCGACUAUCCGUACGACACCAUCGCCGAGGCCCAGUAUUGGUGGCUGACCGUCGACCUGCCCGAAGACCAGAAGAAGCUGGUGGGGCGGGAGAAUGCCAUUAGGUUGUUCAAGCUUCCGCUGGAACCCUGAAAAGCAUGCUUUUACCUCUUGGAAAUUCCCAUUGCGAUGGGUGGUACCUUUUGUUUUGGUUGGCGCAUCGGGCGUCGAGUUGGGUUGACACUAAUGUUUACACCUCCUCUUUGUUCAAUCAUUACUGCUAGUAC